GCUGAGGGAGGAGGCGGAAAGCUGCGGUUAAGGAGAGUCGAGUUUAACCGUCCCCGGGAAGCGCGCUCGGACGGGAUCGCGGAGUGGGCUGAGUUCAGGAUGAUAAGCUUGGAAUGAAGCUUCAGGAGGGUCUUUACCACUCAUUGUCCUACCAGCUCUGCUGUAGAGACAAAAUCAGGUUAAAAUAAACAUUACAGAAAUCCUUCACAAGGAAAUACAAUGGGAUAAAAGAAUAACAUGUAACAUGGGGAUCAAGAAAAGGGGUGUGAAGUAGUUUUACUCUCUACUUUGCAAAUGAGAGUCCUUAGAGAUCACUGAGAUUAAAGGAAGGGGUUUGAAACAGUGAAUUCCUAAGAAGAAAAUGAUGGAUUACAUAUUAGUUGUUCUGUAAGUAUUUGAACUCAACAGCGUGGAGGUUUGUUGCAGAGACCAAAAGAAGAUGGCAACUCCUUAUGUCCCAGUUCCUAUGCCCAUAGGAAACUCUGCUUCCAGUUUUACAACCAAUAGAAAUCAAAGAAGCUCUUCUUUGGGGAGUGCCUCAACAAGCUCAAACUCUUCCAAAGGGCAGUUAGAAGACUCAAGUAUGGGUAACUUCAAACAGACAAGUGUUCCUGACCAAAUGGAUAGUACUUCAUCUAUCUGUAGCAGUCCCCACAUUAGGACUAAGUUUACAGGUGCAGAUUCUUCCAUUGAGUAUUCUAGUAGAACAAGAGAAACCGAAGAACAAAAUCCUGAAGCAGUGAGUUGGGAAGAUAGACCAUCUACACCUACUAUACUGGGUUAUGAGGUGAUGGAAGAAAGAGCUAAGUUUACUGUAUAUAAAAUACUAGUAAAGAAGACCCCAGAAGAAAGCUGGGUAGUUUUCAGAAGAUACACGGACUUCUCUAGGCUUAAUGACAAACUAAAAGAGAUGUUUCCAGGCUUUCGAUUAGCACUUCCUCCAAAACGCUGGUUUAAAGAUAAUUACAAUACUGACUUUUUAGAAGAUAGACAAUUAGGAUUGCAAGCGUUUCUUCAGAAUUUAGUAGCUCACAAGGACAUUGCUAACUGCCUUGCAGUGAGAGAAUUUCUUUGUCUGGAUGACCCACCAGGUCCAUUUGAUAGCUUAGAAGAAAGCAGGGCUUUCUGUGAAACUUUAGAAGAGACUAACUACCAUUUACAGAAAGAACUACUUGAAAAACAAAAAGAAGUGGAAUCACUGAAGAAAUUGCUUAAUGAGAAGCAACUUCAUAUAGACACUUUAGAGAACAGAAUCAGAACAUUGUCUUUAGAAACUGAAGAAUCACCAUACGUGUCAAGAACAGAAGAUGGACAGAUCCUAAAAGUAGAAUCCUCUGCACUUGAGGUUGAUCAAGAUUUCUUGGAUGAAGAAUCUAGAGCUGAUAAUCAACCAUGCUUAAGUGGUAGUGAACCUGAAAAUGCUGUAUCAGAAAUAGAAGUAGCAGAAGUGGCAUAUGAUGCCGAAGAUGACUAAUAGGUCACAAGAAGUGUCAUCCAUUUUGAUGUUUCAGCAAAUUUAGAAAAGAGUGGCCUAUACUAUUUAAAAAGAAAAAAAAAAGAACUGUAAAACAUGUACAGAAAAGAGCAAAGAUGCACAUGUAUAAAGUUUACAUAAAGAAAAGCUUUUUAAGUUAUUGGGAUAGGAAAUAUAUUCACUGAUGCUUUUAAUUGUACUUUAUCCAACCUUGUAUUUAAUACACUAAAAAAAAUCUUAUUAGAAUUCUGUUAUCAAGGCCCACAUUCUUAAAUACUGUGCAUAAAUUAUUAUGGUGUUUUGUCUAUACGUUACUCCAAACAUGUGUGUAUGUGUGUGUAUUUGAAGUCACCAGUUAUAUUAAUCAAAUGGUAAUUAAUUGCAUGUUACUAUCUGGGUGAUAUAGACUUCUUUAUAUCUCUGACAUGACAUAUUCAUUAAUGGUUUAAAUUAGUGAACGUUAUAGUAAAGAUUAAAAUGAUGAGUUUUUAA